UACAACUCCUAGGCUGCCAUUAAACCUUUGAGGCACGCAAGACCUGCUGUACUUUCGUUUUAAUAAUUAAUAUAAGGAUAGCGUCCUCUUAGCCUCACGGCAGCUGCUUCUUUUUGACACAAACAACAUGGCGAGAAACCUCUUCCACACAAAUGUUAUUGACAAGUUCCUGUUUGCAAACUAUUAACAGACGUCUGUUCAUUUCUAUGCUGAGAGCCAUGUUUACGUAGUUUCCAAAAAUUCCGUUUUUUAAAUGUGACACAUUCUGUUGUGGCGUGCUUAAUGCACGGUUCUCAGCACUUUUAGAUUGUUUGCUUUUUGCGCCGAAUGUACAUUAUUCGUAAAGUUUGACAGAAAAUGUCAAGGGUGUAUCCUGAUAAACGAAAUGAAGCUCUAGUUAAGUGCCACUAUCAGUUUCCCCAGGAUGUCAUUUCUGAUGUCAGCAGUGUUCAAGCCGCCUAUAGAGAUCUUCAUCUGUAUAUAGAUUUUUAUUGUUAUGCCAAUGGUGAGAAGAAGCAGCUGGUAAAUCUAAGUGGCACUGUUCCCAUUUUAUAUGAAGGUAAAUCAUACAAUAUACCUGUCUGCAUAUGGUUGCACAACACACACCCUCAGAAUCCUCCUAAAUGCUUUGUGAAUCCCUCAGCAUGUAUGGUUAUAAAUGCAAACAGCAGUUAUGUAGAUAAGAAUGGGCAUGUUCGUCUCCAUUACCUCUGUAACUGGAAGCAUGGAACAUCUAAUUUAUUAGGAGUUGUAGAGGAGAUGAGGACAGCUUUCCAGAGUGAGACACCAUUGUUUUCUGCAUUACCUUCACAAGGGCUAGUGCCAUCUUUACUCCAGCCAGGUAAUACUAAACCUAUAGGAUAUUAUGAACCUUCCAGGAAGUAUAUUCCUGACACCAGCACAUUGACCUACUCUGGGACCGUCAUCUUUGAUCCGAAUACCACACUGAGUCAAAGCAUGUACGAUGUUUCACCAGUUCAGUGUUCAACUGAUACACGAAAGCAUGUGAGAAAACCAGAGCAAAGUUCACAGCACGAGGAAAAGAAGUCCUAUGCUACCAAGCUUAUGGAUCUGGGAAUCGCAUUUCAACCUGCCAAAAACAAAGUCUGUUCUUCUUCUAUCCCCUCUGAGCAGAAUAAAGCUGAAGUUCCAGCAAAAAGUCCCACAUGUGCAGCAGAUGUUGAUGAUGUUUUCAAGAGUUUAGAGCUUGAAAACAUUAUAAAUAUUUACAAGUUAGGCACAAAAGAGAAUGACAUCACCACCUGCAUUGGCAAAAGGCAGCUUAAUGGCCCCUUUGCCCAAGACCUGGGACUGGUGGAUAAUAGACAUAAGAUCGAAGUGAGCAGACUGCCAGGGGGCUUCCCAGAAAACAAGCUGAAAAACAAGCUCACCAUUUACUUUCAAAGAAGACCUAAUGGAGGUGGAGAAGUUCUGGAUGUCCAGUAUCCAACUGACCAACCCAACCAGGCUUAUGUGACAUUUUGUAACCCUCAAGAUGCAGAGCGUGUGGCUAGAAAGGAGGAGCAUGUCCUUACUUUGAACAACCAGAAAUUUCCUCUUCAAGUAAAGAAAUAUGAAAGACCAGAGGUGAAUAUACCAAUUCCAGAAGGUGUUUCAAAAGAGAAGUCUCACAUCUUCCAAAGCCUAUUGACUCUGGAUGGCAGAAGCUUCUCUGUAGAAGAUGUCAUGGAGGCUGUACAAUCCAGUAGAGACUAUGACUCUGCUCUUAGGUACCUCUCACAUGAAUGUCCCAUCUGCAGUGACCAGGUGUCAUUCAAUAAGAUCGUCACCAUGACCUACUGUUCCUGUGCUAUCUGCGAAGGCUGUUUCAAGGCUUACUUCUCUUCGGUCAUUAAGGAAAAGAGUAUUGUGAAUGUGGUCUGCCCCAUUUGCAACAUGCCUAAUGUAAAUGGAAGCGGAUGCACAGAAGAUAUGAUGGAUUACUUCAAUCUUUUGGACAUACAGAUCAGGCAUUACUUGGAACCAGAAAUUCAUGAGUUAUUUCAAAGAAAACUGAGAGACCGAACACUGCAAGAGAUGCCCAACUUCCGCUGGUGUGCACAUUGUUCAUUUGGACUUCUGCACGAAGCUGACAGACUACGGAUGGACUGUCCUUCUUGUGGGAAAAGCACCUGCUAUCAAUGCAAGUCUCCUUGGGCUCCACAGCAUGAAGGAAUAACUUGUGAGAAAUUCAGAGAAUGGCAGCUCUACAACAAUCCUGAAUAUCAAGCAGAUCGUCUUGAGCAUUUCCUUAGCAGAAAUGAAAUAGAUUGUCCAAAUUGUACAUUUCGAUUCUAUCUGUCAAAAGGAGGCUGUCUACACUUCAAGUGCACCCAAUGCCAACAUGAGUUUUGUGGAGGAUGCAACAAGCCAUUCAGAGUGGGAUCUGCUUGCAGCUUCUCAAAAGAAUGCCAUUUGAAGGGUCUUCAUGCGCAUCACCCCAGAAACUGCCUCUACCAUCUACGAGACUGGCCUGUGAAACGAUUGCAGCAGCUUCUUAGGAAUUACAACAUACCUUACUCUCUUGAAAACAGAGCUGAGGAUAAAAGAAGCUCCACAGGAAUGUGCACUGUUUUGGAACAUAAAGAAACAAGUGAUGGGGUGGUAGAGGAGCAGUGUGGGAGACGAGCUCCAGUGCUUUAUUCAGGAUACUGCAAACUGCAUUAUAAAGAAUAUUUGGUGGAGCUCAUAAAUAACCAUUCCCUGGAUCCUGCAGUGAUGUUCACUAUUGAUGAAAUUGCUACUGAAUUACAGCGCUGGAAACUUUCUGUCCCUGAGAAAAUGGAAGGAGAACUUGCGGCACAUUAUCAACUUCGACUAAGACGAAAGCUAAUUCAGGAAGUGAAGUUAAUGCCAGACAAGAGAAAUCUGAAGAAGACCUUAUCAGGACUUUCAUCUACAAGGUUCCCUGAGUCUGCACAUGCUGCUUCAACAGAGAGGAGGCAGCAUGAUCUCCUUACAGACUUGCAAUUGCUGGUGCUCAAUGAAUAAAUGUUAUUUAAUUAGUUCUUCCACUAGGAAACUGUUAAAUACUUUCUUGUGUCAUGCAUAUUUUAAGUUAAUGCUGGUAAUUUUCUAUUUAAAAUAUAUAUUUUUUAAAAAACAAUUAAAAAAUACAGUUUCUUUACAUGUCUUAAAAUAACAUUUUUAGACGGCAAGAAACCUGUGAUCAUUUGUUUAAUGGGUUAUUCCUGUUUUAGCUACUCAGCUUUCAUUAAUGAGGCAGCAAAUUAUGGAUUCAUUGCAUGGUGUAAAUUUGGUACCAUCUACAACUAUUUUGAUCAUCAUAUGAAUAAAAUAGUACUUUUUCUGUUUUGGUAAGUUUUCGGAGAAUCCUGGCAUUAUAAUUGUGCAGUUUUAAUUUUAUACAUUUUUAAGACAAGUAAGCUUGCUUUAACAUUUCAAAAUAUAUCAAUCUUCUAACCACUUCAAGGUCACAGAGACACUUGAAAAUACUUUCACUAAAUAUUAUAUACACAAUAGAUUCAGUCCAAAUGGGAAAAUUACAUAUACGAGAUGUUGACUUUUUGUUGAAUUACCUGAUAUUUUGUAAAAUAGUCAAUGUGUGUGUCUGUUGUUUUCAUGCAGAUUAUUUCAUGCAGCAUAGUCAAUAAAACAAUUUGAAUGUGAAAACAGACUGCAUGAUAAUGAGUUUUGCAUGUGGUCUACAAGUUAAAUAGGAAAAAAGAAAACUUAUAGUCCUUUAACAUCAAUGCAUUUUGUGGCUUCAAACUCAGAUGUUGGGAGACAUUAUGUGAUGUAAAAACUUUUUCAUUAUUCUACAAAAUAAAAUACAUUUUGCACUUAAAA